CUGUCUGUACCUGUACCAGUCUGUACCUGUCUGUCUCUGUCUGUCUAUCAGUCAGUAGUUUCCUCAGCCUCUGUCAGAUGUCUGUAUGGUUUUGGAGGUUUUAGGUCAUCAGCUGUUAAAAUGGAUCAUUAAGUCAAACUAUAUGGGACUUCCUCUGGUCUGUGUGAAGACCAUCAUCAGACAGGUGCUGCAGGGUCUGGACUACCUCCACACUAAGUGUAAGAUCAUCCACACCGACAUUAAGCCAGAGAACAUCCUAUUGGACGUUGACGAGGUUUACAUCAGGAGAUUGGCGGCUGAGGCGACCAUCUGGCAGAGAGCUGGAGCCCCGCCCCCUUCUGGGUCAUCAGUUAGCAUGGCUCCCAGGGAUGUACAGAGGAUGGAGGAGGAGGAUGGGAUGUUGUUACAACCCGAGGACACAGACAGUAACUGCUCUUUGGUCGUCAACGGCAACACUUCCUGCUCCACAGCAAAUAGCAAAGCGAGCCCAGAGUCCACCUGCUCCUGGAUGGAGGAAAAGUGUAAUGGCCACGCCCCCGGACGGUUCUCCAGCCCUGCCUCCGGACUGUCAGGGUUCUCCAGCUCUGUGUUGUCAGCAACGUCGGAGUCAGCACUUUCUACUCAGUCGGGAUACUCGAGUGGACGAGACGUGUUCAGUGCCUCAGACUUCGUCCUCAGUCCUCUGGAUCCUCUCAAUGCUCACAAACUCAGAGUGAAGAUUGCUGAUCUGGGAAAUGCAUGCUGGGUGCACAAACACUUCACUGAGGACAUUCAGACCCGACAGUACCGAGCUCUGGAGGUUCUGAUUGGAGCAGAGUACGGCCCCCCUGCUGACAUCUGGAGCACUGCCUGCAUGGCGUUUGAGUUGGCAACAGGAGAUUAUCUGUUUGAACCUCAUUCAGGAGAAGAUUACACCAGAGACGAAGAUCACAUCGCUCACAUCAUCGAGCUGCUCGGCCCGAUCCCUCUGCCCUUCGCUCUGUCUGGCAGGUACUCCAGAGAGUACUUCAACAGGAGAG